AUGGAUCCCCCCGUUUACCUGGAAGAUGAUUUUUCCCAUUUGGAUGGUCUGGAUGACGAUGUGUUCCACUCGGAUGACUGUGAACUGGUCAGUCAGUCCAGCAAGAUGGCCUUUCGUGGCAUUUUCACCCAAAGCAAAUCUUACAACUGCCUCCUGGGCAGGUUCCAGCUCUUCCCACUUGCACACUGUUGUGGCCCAGGCAGCAAGCAUGCCAGACAACAGGACAAGGCAACACAGACCCUCAAUGCAUCCUCUUCCAGCCAGGAUAUCAUGUUACCUUGUGGAGUCACUGAAGAGCCUCAGAGACUCUUUUAUGGAAACGCUGGAUACCGUUUACAUGUCCAACCAGUUGGUUUCACAUUGAAUCCACAUCUCCAGGAGGAACCUCAGGAAAGUCUGCAGGAAUUGCGUACCGAAGUUCAGAUUGCACGGAAGUUACAGUGCAUUGCAGAUCAGUUCCACAGGCUUCAUCUACAGAGGCACCAGCAGAACAGAAAUCAGGUCUGGUGGCAGAUCCUUCUCUUCCUCCACAACUUGGCCUUGAACGUGGAAGCAAACAGACAACAUGUGGGUCAGAGGUGAGAUCUGCCCUGCCUCUUCCAGGUUCCAUCCAGUCUGCUGGGAGCACUGAACAAACCCAGGUUACAAAUGCACGUGCCACUGGACAGAUGUGAGGUUCCUGUGGACCUGAGGGUGCUUGUUGUACAAAAGACUUGUUUUCAAUGGACUUGCCUUCUGACUCCCUUGUCUUCUGUGGUGGGGAGCUUUGGUCCAACACUGUUGAAGAAAGAUCUUCCCAAGUUGUGUGGCUUAUAAUCAAGGUGCAAGGAGGAACUAAUGUAAGGAAACUUUGGAUGAGUUGGUGAUGGACUGUUGGUGAUGUUCUGGGUUUGAGGUUUGGGGCAACUACCAGAUUCCUGAUCAGUAAACUUUGAAGAAACUCUGUAAACAGCAACUGUGAAGCAGCAUAUAGAGUAUGUACAACUGAAUCCUAACAUUUUAAA